AUUUUUCAUUGCUCCAAAGUCCAAUUUUUAUGCUUUCUAGAAAACUGAAGCCUUUUUUUCCUUCUGAUUAGUCUAACUAAUAAGUGGUUUACUUAUAUCUCACACAGCUGUUCUUAGUCCUAAUCCUGAGGAGUUCUUGUCACGUUGAAAGGUGAGCUUCUCCUCUUGUUAAGCAGGUAUUUUCUCAUUCAACUUACUGCACAUGCUGCACAGACCAGAUCGUUUCUACUGCUGAAUAAAACAACUGAAUAUUAUCACUAUUAAAGCAAGUGACUGCAUUCUGUCAUGUCCAGCGACGCCAAGAUUGUGGUGGUGGGUGCAGGAUUUGCAGGUUUGGCUGCAGCAGCCUCUUUAGUGCAGGCUGGAUUUCAGAAUGUCAAGAUCCUUGAAGCUAAAGAGCGAAUAGGUGGAAGAGUUUGCACUACUAAACCAUUUACAGAGAACAUCAUUGAACAUGGUGCAAACUGGAUUCAUGGGCAGAAAGGAAAUUGCCUCUACAAACUAGCAAAAAAACAUAAUCUACUAGCUGAAAAAGCUUUGGAAGAAAGUUCUGAGAAUUCUCGAGACUACUUUUUUAUGGAGGAUGGAAAAUGCUUACCAGAAGAACUUGUUGAUCAGGUUACAUCUUUAUUUGAAAAAUACACCGACAAGGCAUUUGACACAGUGUUGCCAGGCAAGUACAAAAACCUUAGUUUGGGAGAUUACCUUGAUCUGUCAUUUGCUAAAUCCGAUUUAGCAUCCUCAAAAGAUGGAUCAAGAAUUUUUGAAUGGUGCAAGAGAAAUGAAUGCACAGAUGAGGCUACAUCUUCCCUAUAUGAAGUUUCUGCAGCUCAGGAGAGUGAAUAUGUUACACUGGAUGGGGAGUUCCAUAACACCUUGGGUCCUGGGGGUUAUCAGGCAAUUUUAGAUAUUAUUCUAAAAGAUAUACCUUCAGGAACUGUUUUGACCAAUACAGCAGUGAAAAGCAUCCAUUGGGACUUAGAAACAAACUCCCAUGGCAAAGAGGGAAAAGAACACAACCAUCCUGUUAGAGUGAUCUGUGAAAAUGAUCUGACCAUUGACGCUGACCAUGUGAUUGUAACUGUAUCUUUGGGGGUUUUAAAACAACAAGCAAGAACCAUGUUUGAACCUGCCUUACCAAAACCAAAGCUGGGUGCUAUCGAGAGACUCGGCUUUGGCACAGUGGACAAGAUCUUCUUGUGUUUCAGUCAACGAUUUUGGCCAGAAGACUGUGAAGGAAUCCAGCUUGUGUGGAAUGAGGGACCCGAAGAUAAGGCAGUCUAUAGCAAUAAAAAAGAAGAAGAAAAAGAAGAAGAAGAAGAAGAAGAAGAAAAAGAAGAAGAAAAAGAAGAAGAAGAAGAAGAUGAUGGUGAUGAUGCUUGGAAAGAGACAUGGUUUAAAAAGAUUUCUGGCUUUGACGCUGUGGCCCGUCAUCCUACAGUGCUCUGCGGCUGGAUCACAGGCAGAGAGGCUCUUCAUAUGGAGACACUGCAGGACAGUGAGAUUGGGGAUGUCUGUGUGAGCUUACUCAGAUCUUUCACUAGCUGGCCUGUUCCCGAUGUGUCCAAAGUUCUGAUCACUAGGUGGGGUCAUGACUCUAACGUCUAUGGCUCCUAUACUGUCAUUCCAAAGGGAGUGAAUGGUAUAAUAAGUCAAAAAGCACUAGCUGAGCCUGUUCCUGGGAUGAAAGCUUCAGACAGUAAGCCUCUGCAGGUGCUGUUUGCAGGUGAAUCCACUCAUCUGCAAUUCUACACUACCACUCAUGGAGCCUAUAUGUCAGGAGUGAGAGAAGCAGAGAGACUCAUUGACCACUACUCUGAUUAAGCCAUUAAAACACCUGUCUAUAGAGGCAAUGUCUUGCUAUUAGUUAUAUCAUACCAUAUAAACCAUGAAAGCUCUGAGUUUUUAAGGCAUUAGGAAUUAGAAGAAAAAAUAAGGAUAGCUUUUGCAUCAAAUGAAAUAGAAUGAAAAAAACUUUCAUUUUAAAUGUAAUAAAAUGUAACUUUGCAGUUUAAAAGAUAUAACAAAGAUGUCAGUCACCAACAGGACGAAGGUUUUGUGUAUAUGCUGACAGAUAUUAGAAAAACAAAAUUAUACUGUUUUUCAACAGAUGGUGCUAUUGUACAGUUUACCAUCAUUUGUGAUAGGGCUAUGUUAUAGUAAAGUUUAAAGUUGGUUAACCGCAACUUUUUUUAAAUAUAUAUAUAUUUAAGACCUUACAAUCACCAAGUAAAAACAGGAAAUAAAGAAUGUGUUAGCCGAUGGAAAAACAAAUAAAACUAUAAUCCAGUUAGUUUUUCACUUAAUUACAAAUUAAGGAAGUUUGAACCUAAAUGUCUAUCUCAAAUCUUUUGAGUUGCAGCAGUGUGAUGUUACGAAGUUCCCUUUUCUCAUGAAAUGUUAGAUCAUUCAGAAGUGAAUAUGAAGUGCUUUAAUAAAGUAAAUUUCCAAAAAAAAAAAAAAA